AUGAGCACAUCGUUCGGCACCGUCGCAGGCGUCGCAGCCAGUCGCGAGGGCGGCGCGUCCACCGGCCUCGACCCGACCUCCUCGCCCACGCUCUCGAGGCGCCCCAUCCCGAGCGACGACUCGUCGACGACGUCGUCGUCGCAAGGCGCACCUUCCGCCUCGUCGGGCGCGGCCUCGACCAACGACCUGUCGCAGCUCCGCCGCCGGUCGAGCGUCACCAACCUGCACUCGGCCCUCCUCGUCGUCGACGACAUGGCGCCGGCACCAGCGUCGACCGCGAUGGAGCGGGUCUCGUCGCUCACGACGUUCAUGAAGGGCGGCGGCGCAGCAGGGUGCGACAAGGCGGCGGUCAGGGCGGGACCGGGACUCGGGCGCGACCAGUCGAAGCGCGCCAGCACCCGUCCGACGCCAUCGCUCCUGCCCAUCAACCGUCGCCGGCUCUACACGAGCCUCGCUCGACUCGGUAGCCUCGCCGCUGCCGCCCUCGUCGCCGUGUACCUCGCCAAACUCGUCGCCGCGCCGUUCCUCCCCAAGGUCCGGGGCGAGCGCAUCUUCAACACGCUCGAGACGGUCCCCUACCCUCUCGCGACCCACCCCCGCACCCCUCGAGCCGCCGAGCAGCGCACCCUCGCCUUUGCCGACUACCUCACGACCCGCCUCGGCUCGCACUUCUCGUCGCCGGCCGGCAACCUCCCCGGCCGCACCAAGCCCGGCAGCCAGCUGUGGCUCACGACGGCCACAAACCAGUCGGUCGCCAUGGGCGCGCGGCACCUCGUCGCCUUUGCCGAGCGCCUCGAGGCGACCGGCGGCCCGUCGGCGUUUGCGCCCGUUCGCGCCGAGGUCAACGGCUCGGCCACGCCGCUCGAGGCGCUCGAGAACCGCGAGCAGCGCGACGCGAAGCGCGCCGUCGUCACGCUGUGCCAGGACGAGGCCUGCAUGGAGUACUGCCGCCGCGACCCGCAGCUGUUCUGCUACGGCGGCUUCUUCGACGGCAAGGGCCGUCGUCCACGCGUCGCGAGCCAGGUCGGCGGCGGGGCAUCAACGUUCGCCGAGAUCGCCAAGCUCGCGGGCACGAUGGAGGCGCUGCAGAGCGGGAGGCGCGUGUUCUGGGUCGACGACGGCACCUACUUCAAGGAGGACCCAGUGCCGUACAUGGGCGACCUCGGCUUGUUCGACAUGCAGAUCCCCGAGAGCUGGACGACCGGUCGCCCAAACUCGGGCUUCUCGUUCUUCGCUCCGACACAGCGCGUCAUCUCGCUGUUCGACCGCCUCCUCGUCAUCUCGCGGCACAUGCGCCAGAAAGACCGCGAGGGGUGGGCCUCGACCAACCUCCUCCUGGACCCGUCGGGCGAGCAGCAGUACAUGAAGCGCGUGCCUCCCGUGCACAAGACGGGCCUCGACGAGAACCUGUACGACGACGAGCCCGACACGGCGGCGGCGAGCUACGGGUCGGCGUCGUUCGAGAGCUCGUGGGACGGCGGUAUCGACGUUCGCGUCCUCGACCCGCAGCGGUUCAAGACGAGCGAGGGCCGCCUCGGCCGGCGCCUCUUUGCUUUCGAGAAGGAGCGACAGCGCGAGACGCUGUACUGGCACUGCGCAUGCUGCGGCGACUCGUUCGACAACGACUACAUCAGCGGCGCCCUCGGCUACCACCAGCCGUCCCUGACCUACUCCUUCCCCUCCAACUCGACCUCGUCCUCCAGCUCGACCCUCCCUUCCUUCCCCCUCGUCCUGCGCGUCCCCGAGCUGCGCGGCAAGCCCGCCGAGAUCCAGUUCGCCAUCUCGCUCCUCCUCCAGAUCGCGCACGACUCGGGCCGGGUCCUCGUCCCGCCUUUGACCGGGUUCGUGCGCAAGCGCGAGCACGGUCGCAUCGCCGAGUCGGAGAAGUACGUGUGGCGCAUCCUGCCGGCGCCGCUGUGGGCGCACCCGAAUCGCGCGGCGGCGACGACGGCGCUCCGAGGCGUCAAGCGCCCGCCUGCGGCCGUCCAGGUUCGCGAGCCGGGCUUUGUCCAGCACGCCGUCGAGUACCUGUGGGCCGAGCACGUCGGCGACAACGCGGCGCGGCAGCUCGUCAACGAGCUUGAGAUGCCGCUCGUGCUCGACAUGCGCGAGAUCGACUCGCUCAAGGCGCUCGUGACGGGCCUGACGCAGCCGUUCUGGAGCACCGAGCGCGUCGUCGAGAUCGAGCAGCUCGAGCAAUUCCGAGGCAAGCAGGGGUGGGAGCUGCGCAAGGAGUUCGAGGGCUUGAGCAUGUGCCAGCUCGAGGGCGAGCGCGACGACGAGGAGUCGGCGUGCGCCUCGUUGUGCCCUCUUUGAUGGCGUCUCGGUGGUCACGGUAUCUCUGCAUCGGUCCUUUGCAUUAUCAUUGUCGUUGUUCCCGCUC